CAAGUGAGUGUCACCUUCCCUGUCCUCCUUGUGCUUCCAAAACGUCUCUGUUUCUAAGUGUAGCCCUCAACCCUGAAAGCUCACCUCACCCACAGACUCCAGUCAUUUCCUAUCUUCUGAAGUCUUUAACCCUCAACAGGGUUUCCUUAAAAGCCAAAAGCUUUGCCUCCAUUUGAAUCGAGUUUCCCUUUUCUGGGUCCGUGAUCGUUUGAAAUCUUGGAGAAAUGGCGGACUGGGCGCCGGUAUUGAUCGGGGUGCUGCUGUUUGUGCUGUUGUCACCAGGACUUCUGCUCCAGUUCCCGGGAGAGAGCAAGCGCCUGGAGUUCGGGGGCAUGGAGACCAACGGCAAGGCCAUCGCCGUUCACGCACUAUUUUUCUUUGCCAUUUAUGCUGUUUUAAUCCUUGUCGUCCACGUGCACAUCUACACUGGCUGAGACUGUUCAAGAUCUGUGCAGUGUAAGCGAUUGAGCUUCUAAUAAGUUGAUGUUGUAUUGCUUGCUUAAUUCGGAUUUGAAUGUUAAUCUUCAUUUGUGUGAAUGAAAUCGUUAGUUUGCU